GGAAGCGCCACGUGCGCUCCUUCCGUCAUCCACUCCUCCCACAGGUUGCGCAAGACUGCCUCAAAAGCGCCAAUUCACGGGGAUGUCAAAUGGUUGGAGUAUUUUGGUUAAGCCUCCAGGGAUGAUGGCAGGACUCGGACGUCCAGCCGCCAGUGAGAUGUGAUUCCCUGGCCGUUCGGAUCACUUUGACAAGACAAAGGUUUGUGUGCCGUAAAAUUGUGAGAAGCGGGAAGUACUUCCUCCUGGACUUGCGGGCCAAGCGAACGUCAUGUGGACCAGAUGCCUCCUCUUCCUCUCCACCUUGCUUGCUCCCAUUGCCAUCGCCUCCAGCCGAGCGCCCAUCCCCAUGGCGGUGGUGCGCCGGGAGCUGUCGUGCGAGUCCUACCCCAUCGAGCUCCGCUGCCCGGGCACGGACGUCAUCAUGAUCGAGAGCGCCAACUACGGCCGCACCGACGACAAGAUCUGCGACUCGGACCCGGCGCAGAUGGAGAACACUCGCUGCUAUUUGCCCGACGCCUACAAGAUCAUGUCGCUCAGAUGCAACAACCGAACCCAGUGCGCCGUGGUGGCCGGCCCAGAUGUUUUCCCGGAUCCGUGUCCCGGAACAUACAAGUACCUGGAGGUCCAGUAUGAGUGCGUUCCUUACAAGGUCGAACAAAAAGUGUUUCUCUGCCCCGGAAUUCUGCGAGGCGUGUACCAAAGCGAACAUCUAUUUGAAUCCGACCACCAAUCCGGCGCUUGGUGCAAGGACCCGCUGCAGGCCUCGGACAAGAUUUACUACAUGCCCUGGACGCCGUACCGCACGGACACACUGACCGAGUACUCGUCCAAGGAAGACUUCAUCGCGGGCCGGCCGACCACGACGUACAAACUCCCGCAUCGCGUGGACGGCACCGGCUUCGUCGUCUACGACGGCGCGCUCUUCUUCAACAAGGAGCGCACGCGCAACAUCGUCAAGUUCGACCUCCGCACCCGCAUCAAAAGCGGCGAGGCCAUCAUCGCCAACGCCAACUAUCACGACACCUCCCCUUACCGCUGGGGGGGCAAGUCGGACAUCGACCUGGCGGUGGACGAGAACGGACUCUGGGUGAUCUACGCGACCGAGCAGAACAACGGGCGCGUGGUGGUGAGCCAGCUCAACCCUUACACCCUGCGCAUCGAAGGCUCCUGGGACACCAGCUACGACAAGCGCUCGGCUUCCAACGCCUUCAUGAUCUGCGGCGUCCUGUACGUCGUCAAGACCGUCUACGAAGACGACGACAACGAGGGCACGGGGAACAAGAUCGACUACAUGUACAACACGGACAAGAGCAAGGAGACCGGCGUCAACAUCGCCUUCCCCAACUCGUACCAGUACAUCGCUGCGGUGGAUUACAACCCCAGAGACAACCUGCUCUACGUGUGGAAUAACUACCACGUGGUCAAGUACUCGCUGGACUUCGGCAACAACGACUUCCGCCCGCCGGUGAUCCCGCCGAACAGAGGAGGCGGCGGCUCGUCAUCGUCAACCGGUCGUUCCACCACCACUCGCUCUCCGCCCUUCUACACCACCCCCCGCCCCCUCCUCACGACCUCCCCGGGUCAGCGCUACCGGACCACCACCACGGUUCACCAGCCCGCCGUGAACCCCGCCGGCGGUUCGCCGCCCGACGCCAACCGGAUCCCGGACACGGAGCGCAAACCCGGGGAGCGCUACCCUCCGGCGGCCCGCCCGCCGCAGCCCCCGGCUUUUCCCCCCCAGGACUUUUGCAGCCCGAGGGUGACGGCUGACAUUUCGUGGCCCCGCACCCAGCAAGGCCAACUGGCCAAGCAGCCGUGCCCGGUCGGGACGCUCGGCGUGGCCACGUACGUGUGCGUGGCCCGUUUGGGCUACUGGGACCCGCAAGGUCCUGACCUCAGCAACUGCACGUCACCUUGGGUCAACCACAUCAUGCAGAAACUGCGGUCGGGCGAGACGGCGGCCAUCGUGGCCCGGGAGCUGGCGGAGCAGACCAAAGGGCUCCUGCGUCCCGGCGACGUGCCCUCCACGGUGCGGGCCAUGGCGCAGCUGGUGGAGCUGCUUGACGUGCAGCUCAGGAACCUCACCCCCGGGGGCAAGGACAGCGCCGCCCGCAGUCUGACCAAGGCCAUGGUGGAGACGGUGAAUAAUUUGCUGCAGCCGCGAGCCCAGACGGCGUGGCGAGAGCUGUCCACCGGCGAGCAGCUGCACUCGGCCACGCUGCUCCUCGACACGGUGGAGACCGGCGCUUUUAUGUUAGCUGACAACCUCCUCAAGACCGACACCGUGCAGGAGACGACUGACAACAUCCAGCUGGAAGUGGCUCGUCUUAGCACGGACGGGAGCCUCACCGACUUGACGUUCCCUCAGUCCGAGCUCCACGGAAACUCCAUCCUGCUGUCGGCCAGCACCCUCAAGCAGCACGGCAGAAACGGUGAGAUUAGGAUGGCCUUCGUCCUCUACAGGAACCUGGGCUCCUACCUUUCCACGGAGAACGCCAGCGUCCGGCUGAGCAGCGAGGCCGUCUACCCCAACUAUUCGGUCAUCGUCAACUCGCCCGUCAUCACGGCGUCCAUCAACAAGGAGAGCAACAAGGUCUACCUGUCGGAACCCGUCAUCUUCACCGUCAAACAUCUACAACACUCCGAAGAGAACUUCAAUCCCAACUGUUCCUUCUGGAGUUACUCCAAGCGCACCAUGACAGGGUUUUGGUCCACGCAGGACUGUCGCCUGCUGGCCACCAAUCGCAGCCACACCAGCUGCUCCUGCACUCACCUCACCAGCUUUGCCGUGCUCAUGGCCCACAUGGAGGUCAAGAAAGCGGACAGCAUUCACGACCUGCUCCUGGAUGUGAUCACCUGGGUGGGCAUCCUGCUGUCCCUGGUCUGCCUGCUCAUCUGCAUCUUCACCUUCUGCUUUUUCCGCGGACUGCAGAGCGACCGCAACACCAUCCACAAGAACCUCUGCAUCAGCCUCUUCAUUGCUGAGUCGCUCUUCCUGGUCGGAAUCAACAGAGCGGACCAGCCGAUUGCCUGCGCAGUGUUUGCGGCCCUGCUCCAUUUCUUCUUCUUGGCAGCCUUCACCUGGAUGUUCCUGGAAGGGGUGCAGCUAUACAUCAUGCUGGUGGAGGUGUUUGAGAGCGAGCACUCCCGCACGAAGUACUUCUACUUGGCAGGGUACGGCGUGCCCGCUGUCAUCGUGGCCGUCUCCGCCGCCGUGGACUACAGGAGCUACGGCACCGACCGAGUGUGCUGGCUGCGACUGGAUACAUACUUUAUCUGGAGCUUUAUAGGGCCUGCUACACUCAUCAUAAUGCUCAACGUAAUCUUCCUGGGCAUCGCACUUUAUAAGAUGUUCCACCACACAGCCAUCCUCAAACCCGAUUCUGGAUGUCUGGACAACAUCAAGUCUUGGGUGAUUGGGGCCAUAGCCCUGCUCUGUCUGCUGGGCCUCACCUGGGCUUUCGGGCUGAUGUACAUCAACGAAAGCACCGUCAUCAUGGCUUAUCUUUUCACCAUCUUCAACUCGCUGCAGGGCAUGUUCAUCUUCAUCUUCCACUGCAUUUUGCAGAAGAAGGUGCGCAAAGAGUACGGCAAGUGCCUGCGUACUCACUGCUGCAGCGGCAAAAGCGUGGAGACGUCCAUCUCCUCCUCCAAGACCACCACCUCCCGCACACCCGGUCGCUAUUCCACGGGCUCACAGGUGAGCUUACCUGCCUGCACACCUGGACGCUACAGCACGGCCGAAUCUCAGAGUCGAAUUAGGCGGAUGUGGAACGACACCGUGAGGAAACAGGAGUCUUCCUUCAUCACGGGGGACAUGAACAGCACCGCCACGCUUAACAGAGCAUCUUACCGAGACACAAAGGGCAUCCUGAACAACGCAAGAGACUCCAGCGUUAUGGACACACUCCCCCUGAAUGACCGGAGCGGCGGCUACGGCACCCACGGCAACCACAAGGAGACCACCCUGGAAAAAAAGAUCUUGAAGGAGCUCACCUCCAAUUACAUCCCCUCCUACCUCAACAACCACGAGAGGGUCACCAGCGAGCGCAGUCACAACUUGAUGAACAAACUGGUCAACAGCAGCAUGGCCAACGGAGGGAGCAUGGCAGGAGGCAGCAGCAGCUCCAGUAGCAGCGGAGUGAGCGGCUGCAUGGGCAGCGGCAAAGAGGACGGAGGCCCCAUGGUGCUGGACAACCCUUCAGCCUUCCCCCACGAGGAAAACCUGGGUCUGGAGAUAAUCCGAGAGGAAUCCAACGCCCCCCUCCUGCCGCCGCGGCCCCCUCCUCCCGACAGCCACCCGCCGCCGCCUCCCCCUCACAGCUACUCGAGGCCACGCCGGAUUCCACAGGAGACCAGCGAGAGUUUCUUCCCGCUGCUGACCAACGAGCACAUUGACGAGAACUCGCCCAACCACAGAGACUCACUGUACACCAGCAUGCCGGUUCUCACGGACCUUCCGGACGGCCAGAUGAACGGUUUAACAGACGGCGAGGAAGACUGCUCCAGCGAACUGCAGCCCUGUAAGAGCGCCACAGCUCCCGAGCUAGACGACGUCUACUACAAGAGCAUGCCCAACCUGGGUUCCCGGAACCACCUUCACGAGCUGCAGAGCUACUACCACAUGGGCCGCGGAGGUAGCGACGGAUACAUGGUGUCCGGCGGCAGCAAGGAGGAGUCCGACUCUUCGCCGGAGGAGCCCCCUCUAGACCCUUCUCACCUGGUCACCAGUCUAUAGAGCCCACCGAGAGACUCCUAUCCCUCCCCGAGCCCACUCUCACAACCUUCCGCUAAUGUGUUGUCAACUUACAAGCCGAGCAGGUCCGCCCCCGGACUGAGUCGUGCACGUAACGUGUACGGUUCAGGACAGUACGGGGGCUGAAUGUAUUGUCACGCUGGGAGACACUUUGUGAAUAUCAAACAGCAGUAGAACCUUGAACCUCGGAUGGGUGAGAAGCGGGGAGGGAUCUGUAACGUCUAUGUGCUUAAUUGGAAACUUGGAUUAGACAUGACAGUUCUAUAAUGUGGACCUCCAGCAUAUCGUAUAGUCUCCACCACUACCACAACUGAGGUUGACCCCCAACCCCCGCCACAUCAGUCCUGCCGGUGAAAGGAAUCAACCUUGCGUCUGCGGGUCGCUGCCACUUAAAGGAGACAUUCUCGCGCGACGGCACAGGACAAAGCCGCAACCUGAACUGGCUUGGGGUUAGGCCUCGCCCCGCGACCUGCCAAUCGACUGGGGGACGACGUCCCAUCAACGAAAACAAACAAACAAAGAACCCCCCCCCUCCCAAAAAAAAACCUAGCAGCCAAACUGUCCCCAUCUGUUUUCUGAUGUUCUCGGUUCUCUUCCUGUUCAUAUCUGCUCAACGGGAGUCGUGUCCAGGCCGGUGUCAUAUUUGUUCCUUCCUGCGAGUUCUCGUGAUCGCGGCUGCUGUUUAUUCCACUAAUAAUAAAGAAGAGAACUUGUAAAUCCAAGAGACUCAAAAAAAAAAAAAAAGAAUACGCGGGCUGAGAAUGGGUUGUUUCUUCUCCUUUUUUUCUGUACAAGUCUUCAGUUAUCAAAGAAUUAUGACGAAAUGAUGGAAUCAUUUCUAUGUAUUGUAUAGAAUACAGAGACAAAUGUUGCAUAUGACCAAUUCUUAUUUGUCAGUUGUCUGUGGAACUUUUCAGGACCGUUUCCUUCGGUUCUGGUCACGUACGGACGACGGAUAAGCGGAUAAGGAACAAUCUUUCAUCGAGACGGUUUCGCACUCUGACUAAUAUGCAUUUACCCUACGCACACUUCUUUCUGGUCCUUUUCUAGUGGCACCACGCUAACAUUUUGCAAAUUGUUAUGAUAUAUUUUACACUGUGUAAGUCAAAGGGGGGAAAAGAGGGACGGGGUCGCCACGGGAACGCUUUAAACUGGAAGUGGAGUCUUCAGACAAUUUUGUUUUCAUCUAAUAUCGCAUUUCCUCUGUUUAGGCACAAGGGGAGAAUUCAGGGGGGGGGGGGGGGGCACCUGGGCGAGAAAAUGACACCAGGUAUUUUCAAGCAACUUAUAUUUGAAGCAUAUCUACCGGUUUUAUUGCCAAAUAUUGGAACAUUUGACAUUACCUAGCUAUACCGGUCGACACGUCUUUGUAUAGAAGAAAUGUUGGGAACAAAUGUCCUUGUCCAAAGUAGAAAGAAAUGCCAUAUUAUUAUGGCAACUUUUUCAUUUGAACAACAUUGAUGUGUAACGAAAGAACUGCAGCACUCACGUUCGAGCCAAUGUUUACUUAUUUAGGAGGGAAAGUUCCAGUCUAUUAAGAGUAACUUGCACAUGUAUCCCACAAGCCCCUUCCAAGUUCCCCGAGAGAGAAUUUAUUUAUUUAUCUGUUUUGUUUUUUUUUUUUUUUUUUGCUUUUGUUGGUUGAAAUAAAGCAAAGACGAGCUCGGAGGAAAGAGAGCUGACUUUACGCGGGAGUAAAUAGAGUGGCACUGGGUGGUUCUCUCUCUCUCUCUCUCUCUCUCUCUCUCUCCCUCCCUCUCUUUUUUUUUUUAAAUUAUUACGAUCAUGUUGAUUAUUACGAUAUUAUUGCUGAUUAUUUAUUCAUUUUUUUAUGGGUUCCAAGUUGAAUGAUCUCAUAACUAAUAUUUGUUGUAACAGUGAAAGUUGUUUGCCAACAAAUAAAUUACUU